CCACCGUUCGAGACUCUAACAGCUUGUAUUGCUUUGUGUAAUUGUACUGGUUUACGUAGAUAUGUACGUACCUACGUGGUACACAACGGGGAUCACGACGAGGCGGUGAUUAGACUGGGCCGGUAGCCAAUCAGGACCGGCUGUCCCGCCCAGGCGAGAAUUAGUCAGGAACCUGGUCACAUGAUUUUUUGAAGGCUUACGUCGCCCGGGCAGCCACUCACCGUCGCUUCGUAAUUGAAUUAAGUGCAUUGUAUACGGUAUAGGCCCUUGGCGAGAAGGUUGAUAUGUCAUUAAACGCAACUUCCUACCCUUAUACUGCCUUUUUAUUGUGCCAGUGACCGAUCGAUUUAUCGUCCUAAGCGUAAUGCCCUGUAAGGGCGUAUAAUGAGAUCAGCCUUGUACUAGCACUGCCUGGCUACGUCGCCCUCCAUUCCUUUGCCGGAUUCCCCAGCAAACCGAGUCCACGGCCACCCCCCCCCUUAUCUCCCAACGGCAUACCCUCUUCCGUAUUGGAUAUCGGACAUCUCUCACCUUGGCCGUACCCUCUAUGAGCGCCCAACAUGGGUAUAAGUAGACGCCCGAAGGACAAAUCAGGCGGAGCCGCCCGCGCCGGCGGCGCAGGAGCGCAGGACGCCAGACCCAAGAAGGCCACAUUCGAGACGACCAAGAAGAAGGAGAUAGGCGUAUCUGAUCUAACGUUACUAAGCAAGGUGUCCAACGAAGCGAUCAACGAAAACUUGAAGAAGCGGUUCGAGGGUCGGGAGAUCUACACCUACAUCGGCCAUGUGCUGGUUUCCGUCAACCCCUUUAGAGACCUUGGUAUCUACACCGACCAAGUUCUCGAUUCCUAUAAAGGCAAGAACCGCCUCGAGAUGCCCCCACACGUCUUCGCGAUCGCCGAGUCGUCGUACUAUAAUAUGAAGGCAUACAGAGAGAACCAGUGUGUUAUCAUCUCGGGAGAAUCGGGGGCCGGCAAGACCGAGGCGGCCAAGCGGAUUAUGCAGUACAUCGCAAACGUGUCGGGCGGCGAGAGCGGCGAGAUCAAGCAGAUCAAGGAUAUGGUGCUGGCAACCAACCCGCUGCUCGAAUCUUUCGGCAACGCGAAAACACUAAGAAAUAACAAUUCGUCGCGGUUCGGCAAAUACUUGCAGAUACAUUUCAACGCAAACGGGGAGCCCGUAGGUGCCGAUAUCACCAACUACUUGCUGGAAAAGACGAGAGUGGUCGGUCAGAUUACCAACGAGCGUAAUUUCCACAUCUUCUACCAGUUCUCCAAAGGCGCUUCCGAGAACUACCGGACCAUGUUCGGAAUCCAGAAGCCCGAGACGUAUGCCUACCUUAGCCGGUCCAAAUGUUUCGACGUGGACGGCAUCGACGACUUGGCCGAAUUCCAAGAUACCCUAGAAGCCAUGAGAAUUAUCGGUCUAUCCCAAAGCGAGCAGGACGACGUAUUCCGAAUGCUCGCCGCGGUUCUAUGGGCCGGUAACAUCCAUUUCGUAGAAGGCGACGACGGAUAUGCCGCCGUGGCGGACCAGUCUGUCGUGGACUUUCUCGCAUACCUGCUCGAGGUUUCACCCACUGCGCUGAUCAAGGGAAUCACCAUUCGGAUAUUGACGCCGAGAAGUGGCGAGGUGAUCGAAUCGCCGGCCAACACGGCGCAGGCAAACGCAACCAAGGAUGCGCUGGCUAUGGCUAUCUACUACAAUCUCUUCGACUGGAUCGUUGAGAGAAUCAACCAGUCUCUGAAAGCCCGCCAGGCGGCGGCCAACAACAUCGGAAUCCUGGAUAUCUACGGCUUCGAGAUCUUCGAGAAGAAUAGCUUCGAGCAACUCUGCAUCAACUAUGUCAACGAGAAGCUCCAGCAGAUUUUCAUACAACUCACCUUGAAGGCAGAGCAAGAUGAGUACGCACGGGAACAGAUCCAAUGGACGCCCAUUAAAUACUUCGACAACAAGGUUGUGUGCGAUUUGAUAGAGCAAAUCAGACCCCCAGGCAUCUUCUCGGCGCUGAAAGAUGCGACGAAGACAGCCCAUGCCGACCCUGCAGCCUGUGACCGCACUUUCAUGCAGAGCAUCAACGGCAUGUCCAACGCUCACCUCACCCCUCGACAAGGAAGCUUCAUCGUUAAGCAUUACGCCGGCGACGUCAGCUACACCGUCGAAGGGAUUACGGACAAGAAUAAGGAUCAACUCCUCAAGGGAGUUCAAAAUCUGUUCCAGCAGAGCUCGAACCAAUUCGUCCACGCCUUGUUCCCGAACCAGGUGGAUCAAGACAACCGCAAGCAGCCCCCCACGGCGGGCGACAGGAUCAGGACGUCGGCAAACUCCUUGGUGGACACCUUGAUGAAGUGCCAGCCUUCUUAUAUCCGAACCAUUAAACCGAACGAAAAUAAGUCGCCGACGGAGUAUAAUGUGCCAAAUGUCUUGCAUCAGAUCAAAUAUCUAGGUCUCCAAGAGAACGUGAGGAUUCGGCGUGCCGGGUUCGCGUACCGUCAGUCUUUCGAGAAGUUUGUCGAGCGGUUCUUCCUGUUGUCCCCCGCUACAUCUUAUGCAGGAGAGUAUACCUGGCAAGGGACGGAGGAGGCUGCGGUAAAGCAAAUCUUAAAGGAUACGAGCAUUCCUAAGGAUGAGUGGCAGUUGGGCGUCACCAAGGCGUUUAUCAAGUCUCCAGAGACGUUGUUCGCCUUGGAGACGAUGCGAGACCGGUAUUGGCACAACAUGGCGACUCGCAUCCAACGGAUGUGGAGAGCGUAUCUAGCGUACCGCGCCGAAUCGGCAACCCGAAUUCAGCGAUUCUGGAGGAAGAAGAGGGUCGGUGCCGAGUAUCUCCAGCUGCGUGAUCAAGGCCAUAAAGUUCUACAAGGGUCCAAGGAACGCAGACGGUUUAGUUUACUGGGUUCUCGGCGCUUCUUGGGAGAUUACCUGGGAAUCAACGCGGCGAACGGACCCGGAUCUCACGUCCGCAACGCAGUACAGAUUUCAAGCAACGAGAAGGUUCUAUUCUCGUGUCGCGGUGAGGUUCUGGAAGCGAAGUUUGGUCGAUCGAGUAAACCGAGCCCUCGAAUCAUCAUCGUGACUACUAGCAAGUUCUAUGUCGUAUCGCAAGCGCUGGUCAACCACCAAGUUCAGAUUACCGCGGAACGACAGAUUCCCCUAGGCGCUAUCAAAUUCAUCGGGACCUCGACGCGUCGUGACGACUGGUUUUCGCUGGGUGUCGGGUCGCAGCAAGAAGCCGACCCAUUAUUAAACUGCGUUUUGAAGACGGAACUAUUCACACAAAUGCAACGAGCGAUGCCCGGCGGUUUCAACUUGAAAAUUGGCGAGUCUAUAGAAUAUGCCAAGAAGCCCGGAAAGAUGCAGCCGGUCAAGGUCCUCGUGGAUUCGCAGCAGGUUGUAGAUUUCUACAAGAGCGGUGCCAUCCAUACGCAGCCUGGAGAGCCCCCAUCGUCAGUCUCCAAGCCGACGCCAAAAGGCAAGCCGGUGCCCCCUCGACCGAUCACUCGUGGCAAGCUUAUCAAGCCUGGCGGCCCCGGCGGUAGACCCUCCCGAAUCACGCAGUCCCGCCCUAAUCCCACAAAACGCGGACCGGCCGCGGUCCAACCCCAGACCCAAUUGCCGGCCCAGACUCAGGCGCGCCGGCCUAUCCCAACCCCCGCGGCAAGCGUUGCAAACAGCAUACCUACCCAUACCCGUAAUCAAGCCUCGACAUCGUCUGUUCGCGCACCACCUCCGCCGCCCCCGCCGCCUGCCGCACCGCCGGCAAGGGCGAGGUUGACUGCGAGGGUUUUGUACAACUUUGCCGGAGAACGGGAGAACGAGCUCACGAUUCGAGUAGGAGACAUUGUCGAGAUCGUCCAGAAGGAGACGAACGGUUGGUGGUUAGCAAAGAACUCGGAAGGGCAAGCUUGGAUCCCGGCGGCCUACGUCGAGGAGCAAGCUGCCCCGCCUCCGCCCGCGCCCGCGCCGGCACCGCGGCCGCCGCCUCCUCCUCCCGUGCAAAAUGGCGCGGCAGCGGCCCGAAACAAGCCCACGCCCCCGCAGCCACCCGCGAAACGCCCGACCGCUGCGAAGAAGCCCGCGGCACUGCAACCUAGAGACUCAGGCAUGAGCCUGAACGCGAACGGCGGCUCCGACAGCAGCCGCAGCAACACCCCGACACCCAACCUCGCGGGCUCCCUAGCUGACGCCCUACUGGCUAGGAAGAACGCCAUGCAGACAAAGCGGGACGACGAUGACGACUGGUGAAACAGGAAGCCUUGGCGGAGCAGCAUGUAGGUAAGGAGGGCCGAGGGGGGGGCGCCUCUAGUUGAGCGGCCCGCAUCUAAUUUAGGGAAGCUUCGGAGAGCGCGCGUAGGGCUAGAUCAGGGGGAAAUUUUAGGCGCAUUGUUA